AUGGCAGCCGUGACUCCAGAGCAGCGAGAGCUGCAGUUGGUGGAGAGCGUUGAAUUUAAAAUCCUCGCCGUUGCCAAUGUCGAAGACAAACUGUGUGAGCUCCUGGGGCGCUAUUUAGCCCCCAUCAUUCUAAAGGCACAGAGCCCCAACGCAGCUGUUAGAAACAAGGUCAUCACAUUGCUGAGUCGGCUGAGGACAUUCAUCCAGCCUCCAAGCGUCAUCCUGCCUGUAAAGGCAUUACUUGAUCAGUACAAGUCAACUGACAGUGCUAUCAUCAAGCAAUUAGAUUUACCACUUAUCCAACACAGUCUUGGUCGUCUUGAUGAAGACGAUAGACGAGACUUGGUCCCCACCGCACUGAAAGGCUGCUCCAAGGAUGAAGGCCAACCAAGGGCUGCCAGCUUUUUCAACAUUAUCCUUCAACUACUGAUUGAUCUCCGCCUACCAUCACGCGGGACCAAAGACGACGAAGCUCUUCGAGUUUUUGUUGGUUUGGAAAAUGCGGCUGAUGCAAUUUAUCUCGCCAACAUGUUAUCCCUUUUCUUACGUCUAAGGCCCCCAACCCCGAGCCGGACGGUGGCUGAGUCAAAUCCAACUUUCUCUGAACAAGAGACCAAGAUAUUCACUGUUGAAGGUCCUGGAACUGAUAAAAUCUUCCAAAACAUAUCGCAGUUGAAGGCUAAAGCCGUUUCAUUCUUGGCCAGUGCUGCCUUUACUGAUGAGGAAAAGUUCCUCCCUGCGCUAUUCGCCUCCUCCAGCCCAGACACUAGAGUGGCAUCCCUAGCAGAGGAGAUCAUCAAGAGAACUACAGUCUCCCUAGAAGAAGAAGACUUGGUGAGGAAGCUCUUUGAGGCUCACUCCCGGCUUCCUGCAGCCUAUCGCACACGGAUCCUUGCACUCCUUGCCAAAUCGACCAUUGCCUCGACAAUGUCACAGAAUAUCACAGACGUUGUGAGCCUUGACUUUUUGCCAAGUUCUACGCAAGAUGGUUCGACAGACGCACUCAAGCCAUCGAGCGCCCUAGAGAAGACAAAGCUGCACAAGGCUCUUUUCCAGUUUCUAUCUUGGGUCGCUCAAGUAGGCCCAUCAAGCAAGGACUUCUCGAUUGGGCCGAGCCUUAUUAAGAGCAUGCAAAGCUAUAUCGAGUCCCAAGGAUGGCCUGUCCCUGUGCAACAAAUCACGCACGAUGAGGUCCAGCUUCGCUCGAGAGGUUACGAGACUAUUGGCAUGCUCGCGCGAUCCGCCGAUAUGCCUUUUAAGGAGCGUAUUGCUCUGGCCUCUUGGCUCUUCCAAGCCUUGUCAGAAGACCCAACCAAUGAUGCCGUGGUCAAUAUCGACGGAGCGCUCUCAAGUCUAACAGCAAAUGUUCCUCAACACAUUGCUGAUGAAGAUCCCGAAUUGAGGAAGAUGCUCCUCAACUACAUGUCUCUAGCUGAAAAGGCGCCUGCUGUACGAAGCACUCGCCAUGCCGUAGUCAAGUGGGCUAAUGAGUGUUUGUCAUUCACAAACAUUGAUGCUCGAUGGAUCAAUUUCAUGGCUGUUGCCGGUCGUCUUAAGGAGAGGAGCGACGUGAUUGAGCAAGGGCAAAAGGGCCUGGAUCCAUGGACCUACUCCGCUCACAGCGAGAUAGCUCCUGUCAUGCCUGAUUGGCGACUGAUGGUCUUCAAAUACUUUACCACCGCCCCUGAUCUUGCACCUCCCGCAGACGUCGAACCAGGCCCUGGAGUAACAGUGCUACCCAAUGACAACACCUUUGACAAUUUCCGAGGCUCAAGCAUCAAUGCUUUUGCUCUGGUCAUUCAGUAUUGCAAGCAUAUGAUACUUCUCGCAGCGUUGCCCGACUUCAAGGUUCAGCCCGACUGGAUGCAGACGCUCAGCGCACAAAUGAAGACCAACAUCAAAACUCGGGAGAAAAUCCGAGGUUACCUGCGAUAUGUCAACCCUUCUUAUCUCACAAUCUACCUCAAUGCGUGCCUCGUUGGCGCUUUUCUCGAGGAUGCCCCCAUCACAGAAGAGUGUCUUCGCUCAUUUGUCGAUAUCGCAUCUCUCGCCCCCAGAGUCAUUGUGGGGGAAUUCACCAAACACAGGGUUGGCCAUCUGCUGCCUCUUAUAAAAUCUAACAAGAGCGAGAUACGGGACUUGAGCGCCAGAGCCCUGGGUAUUUUGGCCGCCCACCCAACCAUGGAUGUCGAUGAGAUUCAGAACUGGGGUAUGACUCUCAAUUCCUUGUUCGACAAGGCCACGACGGCGGUUGGUCCAGACCUCAAUGCUGCAGAAGGAGCUCUUGCUGCCUAUGGGUAUCUCUGCUCUCGCUCUGUUUUGUACAACCAUGCAUCCGUGGCCGAGUGGAAAUAUCCCCUUCAAAUUCUCGUCGAAGAGAAUGUUGCACCAUCCUUGUUUGACGCAGCCGUCGAAGCUUUCACCCAACUAUGGCUAGCAAAACUUGCCAUCCCUCCCAAAGACGGAGCUACUUCUCUUGACAAGGUAAUCAAAAAGCUGUCUGAGAAGGCUAAAAAGGGAAAUGAGAAGGCGAUUAUUACGCUUGGGAUGCUGGCCGCCAGUAUACCAGACACUGACCUUCCAGAAUCACCUGCUUCGUGGUCAGAAGGCCCAGUUGGCACCAUCCUGACGGAGUUGUUUGCUCUUCAUGAAAUCAAACGGGUGGAGGUUCAGUUCACUGUCGGCGAUGCCAUAACCAUUGCAACUGCUCGUUGGGACUCGGACUAUGUGAAGCUCAUGGUGGAUGUCGAAUAUCGAAGCCGUGACUUCCAGAGCAAGUGUCGGAAAUCACUACUUGCAAGCAUCCUUGACAAGCUCUUUGAAGAUUGCAAGGCAACCAAACCGUCUCUUCUGAAAGCUUCUGGUAUUUGGCUUUUCUGCAUCGUGCAGUAUUGUUCUAGCCUCCAUGAAGUAAACUCUCGCCUCCGCCAGGCACAAGCAGCAUUUAUGCGCCUUCUGAGUUCGAGGGAUGAGCUGGUCCAAGAAACUGCUUCGCGUGGCCUCAAUCUUGUCCAUGAGCGUGGAGAUGAGCAGCUCAAGGCAGCCCUGGUGAAAGAUCUCGUGGCUGCAUUUACCGGAUCUGCCACGCAACUCAAGGUGGAUGAAGACACAGAGUUGUUUGAACCAGGAGCAUUACCAACUGGUGAAGGGAGCUCGAUUUCUUCGUACAAGGACAUUGUCAGCCUCGCAAAUGAAGUUGGUGACCAGCGACUUGUCUACAAGUUCAUGGCUCUAGCGGUUAAUGCAGCUACAUGGUCAACUAGAUCAGCCUUUGGACGGUUUGGUCUCACAAACAUCCUCUCAGACGCUGAAGUCGACCCCAAGAUAUACCCGAAGCUCUACAGAUACCGAUUCGAUCCCAAUACCAACGUCCAACGAUCCAUGAACGAGAUUUGGAAGGCCUUGGUCAAGGACCCGAAGACGGUGAUGGACGUUCACUUUGACGCCAUCAUGGAAGAGCUGCUCAAGAGCAUACUGGGACGAGAAUGGAGAAUGCGAGAAGCCAGCUGCGCUGCCAUUUCUGAACUUUUAACAGGUGUUCCGUUUGAGCGAUAUGAGCAAUUCUACGGAGACAUUUGGACAAAGGCAGUAAAGGUCUUUGACGACGUAAAGGGGAGUGUCAGAGAAGCUGCUUUCAGACUCUGCCGAAGCCUGUCCAAUACUCUUGCCAGACAGCUCGAAGAGGGAACUCAUGAAGCAUCAGCCAACGCUAUGAUGCAAAAGGCACUGCCCUUUUUGCUGUCAGACAAGGCUGCGGAGAGCUCUGUCCAAGAGGUUCAGGUCUUUGCAAUCAUCACCAUCAUCAAGAUUGCGCGACACGGUGGAAAACACUUGAAGCCAUUUAUCCCAGAGGUGAUCCCGAAACUUCUAGGUCUGCUGAGCACAAUCGAGCCUGAUCGCAUCAACUACUACUAUCAGCAAGUUGGGGAGGAUAGCCGAGAGAAGAUUGAUAAGAUACGAUCCCAAAUGGUCAAUCAAUCCCCCAUCUCAGAAGCUAUCGACAACAUCUUACGCUUCGUUGACGAAGAUGUCAUGGUUGAGUUGGCCCCGCGCCUUGAGGCAACUAUCAAGACUGCAAUUGGAAUGCCAACCAAGAUUGGCUGCAGCAGGGUUCUGACAACUCUCUUUACUCGUCAUACGAACGAGAUCAAAUCUGUUUCUACCCAGUUUUUGGAAUUACUUGGCAAGCAGGUUCUGGACAAGAACGAUGAGGUCAGCCAAGCGUAUGCUCGCGCCUCCGCUUAUAUCAUGAGAGUGGUCUCAGACAGCGCUAAACAACGAUUUUCGGAGCGCAUGUUGAAACUUUACCUACAAUCGGAAGAUGAGGUCCGUCGCCAGAAGGUUUCGGACGUCAUCGUCUCUCUCGCGAAGAUAUCUCCCGAUCAUUUCACCACCCAGGAGACAAUCCUGUUGCCAUUUGCCUAUCUUGGGUCUCAUGAUGUUGAUGAAUACACCAGCAAAGUAUUCCGAGAGGUAUGGGAUCAACAUUCUGGCAGCAAUCGAACUGUUGUUCGUUAUGUGCCGGAGAUUGUCGACCUUAUCGAACGCUGCUUGGCUACCACCCAAUGGGCGCUUCGACACACUGGUGCAUUUACAGUUGCUGCUAUGGUCACAGAUGUAGCCAGCGCCAGCGAUACGACAGGAGCAAUUGGAGAAGCCAACUUGAAAGCCAUAUGGCCCGUCUUUGAAAAGGCUCUUGCUCUGAAGACUUUCCCCGGGAAGGAGAAGCUAUUGGAGGCAUUCCCUGAGUUUAUCGAGAAGGGCCAAUCCCUGUGGAGAUACAACUCUGAUAUUGCAGCCCUAAUGAAGAAGAUUGUCAUCCGUGAAGCGAAGCGAAACAAUGACGAAUAUCGUGUGCAUGCUUUCCGUUGUCUAUGGCGAUUUGCGAAAGCGGUAGACACCUUUGACCUUUUGCAGGAUAUUGUGGACAUUGUGUCCUCUCACUUGGAAGACCUCAAGGAUGAUAACAAAAUGGAUGUGGACUCCAAAGAAGACACUGUGAUCAAGACUGCGAAGAAUGGACUCGAGGCCGUGGCACGCGGAUACAGCCGCUCAUCGGAUAGGCGGGCAUACACUGUUGCCAGCCAAGUCAUCAAGGCUCUUGAGCCGUUCCUCUCAAGCCCCAAAUUCAACGCGAUCAAACGAGAAGUUUGGUACGAAUCUGUCAUUGACCUAAUGAAAGAUCUUGCGACAUCUGAGCCCCCCGCGGACCCUACAUCACUGGAUAAGGACGGUAUUCUGCAGGCAUAUCUGGGCAGUCUCGAUGUUGACAAGGCCGAAGUUGGCGUUGAGUCUCAGAGACUCAGGAGAGUGGAGGCAGUUUCCGCGACUCUCAAAGCUUAUAGCAGUGGCAUCUUCGGAAAGUCGACUGUACAAAUGGAGCAAUUUGAGGCCGCGGUGGUUAAAGCCAAGGAGGAAGAGCGUGUUCCGGAAGUGCAGAGAGCUUGGCAAAGAGUGCUGUCGGAGUUGCAGGAAGCUCGUGGUUGA